GGGGGAGCGGCGGGGGGCUCGGUGGGGCAGAGGAGGAUGGAGGCGCGAGGCGUGGGGACGGGCUGGCUCUGCCUCGCCGUGCUCUGCUCUGCAGCUGCUCUCGACCUCCAAGACGAGGAGCCAGGGCAUCAAAGCAGCACCCAGCACCAUGAUGUCCCGGCGCCGACGGGAGCCCCCACCACAAGCGCUGGGGACACGGACACGCUGACGACGUGGCCAACAGCCACCCCGACCCUUCCUUGGACUGGGCACCCUGUCACCACCCCCCUGGCCACGCGAGCGGGCACCGCGGGGAACAAAACCCAAAACACCUCGGCUGUUCCCGUCAGGUACUGGUCCCCCACCAUUUUUGUGGUGGUGGCUCUGCUCGUGCUCUUCUUCGCCUACCGGCGGACCAAGGAGGAAGGGAGCCGAGACCAAGCCGCCCCCGCCAGUGACUCUUCAGAUUUGGGAGCCCUGGACCACCUCCCCACCCACGACACCACCGCCAUAAUCCCCGCUGCCGAGGAGGAGAGGAAGGGGCCGGAGCCCCCCCCAGCCCCGCCGCACACCGAGACCACCUUCUGCGAGCCGGACCCCCCCCCGCCCCAGUGGAACCCCCCCACCCCCCCGCCCCGGCCGACCCAUCCACUCGCGCUCACUGAAGUCGUUUUUGCAGUAGAACACCCCAAAACGGGCUCCCAGCGGCAGCAGCAUGGAGGGAGUCGGGGGGGACACGACACCAAGCGGGUGAAACCCGGGUCCUUCGGCCUCAAAAGGCUGGAAGAGGAGGGGAGCGCAGGCGAGGGAUGGAAACUCCUGAAAAACGGAGAUUUCCUGGAAUUUGGGACCCCACCGGCAUCUUAA